AUGCAAUUCAAGACCCCCAUUUUUGUCCUCGCCGCCAUAGCCGGCGCCUCCGCUUUUGCCAUCCCCGAGGAUCUCGAGGACGGCAUGUAUAGCGUCAACCUGGUCGACGGCGAGCACAUCUGGGAGAAGCUCAGCGAAGCCCCCGCGGCCCCCGAGGAAAGCACCCCGAACGAGGCCCGCGAGGUCGUCCGCGAGCUCACCACCCGCGACGACCGCCUCCGCUGCGGCUGCGUGAACCGCAUGUCCGCCGGCGAGUGCAACGUGGUCAGCAAGUUCGCCGGCGUCGUCGCCUUUGUGUGCAACACGCGCGCGUCCGACGCCACGGUCUACCGCCAGCAGUUCGCGGACGCGUACAGGAUCAUCACGGACAACUGCGGCUAUUACAUGGCCGGCACCCUGGUGGGCGACGUCAACAUCGGAUACAUGCGCUUGUGGGAGACGAACAACGACGUCUGCGCCUCUGCCCUCUACUCGAACAACCAUCACUGCUAG